GCAUUCAUUUCUGCAGUGCGUGUGAUUGAAUAGAAGCCUGAAGGCAGAAAAGGGACCUCUGAGCGUGUUGUUGAAGGCUUUCAUGGCCGGAAUCCCUGGGUGGCUACUACAGAAUAGAAGGGGAAAAUGUGUGUGUGGAAGUCACCAUAAACAAUAUAAUGUGUUAUAGAGGUGGACAAGGCUGCAGAUUGAAACGUGGAUCAUCCAGAUUGUUCCUUUCCCUCGACCAUAUGAAAAACAGACCCUGGAAGAACAUCCUCCACACGAAGCUCCAGGAGGAGUGAAUGCUUUGGCGGAACAAGUAAAAAAGAAUCUUGGCCAACUUGGAUCACAUACAGAAGAAUGAGCAUUCUACUAAUUGAAGCUUUCUACGGAGGCUCACACAAGCAGCUUGUGGAUCUCCUGCGAGAGGAAAUAGAAGACUGUGUCCUUUUCACUCUCCCUGCCAAGAAAUGGCACUGGAGAGCAAGGACUGCAGCUCUCUACUUCAUGCAAAAUGUGCCACCCAGUACUGACUAUAGGAUCCUCUUUGCAAGCUCGGUGCUUAACCUGACUGAACUCGUUGCCCUUCGGCCUGACCUUGGCAAAUUGAAAAAGGUCCUUUACUUCCAUGAGAACCAAUUGACAUAUCCUGUCCAGAGGUGUCUGGAAAGAGACUUCCAGUAUGGAUACAACCAGAUUCUUUCAUGCUUGGUUGCUGACAUUGUGGUGUUCAAUUCAGCUUAUAAUAUGGAGUCAUUUUUAACAACUAUUGGAACAUUUAUGAAGCGGAUACCUGACUAUAGACCUAAGCAACUGGAACAGUUAAUCAGGCCAAAAUGCCAAGUCCUUUACUUUCCAAUGAGGUUUCCUGAUGUGAGCAGAUUCAUACCAGAACACAAAAAGACCCGUGUUGUGAAGGCACCAGGUUCCAAUGGAAAUAGAAGUACAAAUGCUUCUCUUUUUAUGGAUCUACCUUUCCAAGAAAAGAACAUUGGGAUUUCAGAUUCAACUAGCCUUGUCAGCUCAGAUUGUGGGCCUGGCAAUGGUGAAGCACAGUCUGGAUUUUGCUCCCUGUUACCAAAGAGGUCACAUAACCCAUCAGCAACACUAGAUGAUAUGAACAAGCCAACGUCUGAAUGCACAAAUAUUUGUGAAGAAGAAGAUAGCAAACUUAUGACUUGUUCCUUGAGCUGCACACCUGAAGAAUUGGACUAUCAGCAGAAACCUUUGCACAUUGUUUGGCCUCACAGGUGGGAACAUGAUAAAGAUCCAGAAAGUUUCUUUCAAGUGCUGCUGAAAAUGAAAGAGAUGGAAUUACGUUUUCAUGUGUCUGUCCUUGGGGAGACCUUCACUGAUGUUCCAGAUAUAUUUUCAGAGGCCAAAAAGGCACUAGGAUCGACUGUGUUACACUGGGGCUACUUACCUAGCAGAGAUGAGUAUUUCCAAGUUCUGUGCAUGGCCGAUGUUGUCAUCUCCACAGCUAAACACGAAUUCUUUGGCGUGGCAAUGAUAGAAGCUGUAUACUGUGGCUGUUAUCCUCUCUGUCCCAAAGCUUUGGUCUAUCCAGAAAUAUUUCCAGCUGAAUAUCUAUAUUCUACACCUGAACAGCUUUUUAAAAGGCUUCAGAAUUUCUGCAAGAGACCAGAUAUUGUAAGGAAACAUCUUUAUAAGGCCCAGCUAUUGUUGGGAACUGAUCAUCACACCCUACAGAACAUCUUGCCUUUCCAGCACCACCUUUUCUGUAAAUGGCUCCCCGGAUCCUUCCUGGGAAGAAAGCAAGGGAAGCUGCUUCUGAGGAAGCCACUGAACAAACCAGCUUUGCAAUUUAAUGUGAAAAUCACAGCAGAAAAAAAACCUACACACAUAACCAACCCAAAACCCUGAGUUCUGACUCCUGCCAGGAAAGACCAUUCCCAAGGCAAGAAGGACGCCAAGUCCGCUGUCUUUGCUCCAGCUUUAGAAAAAGCCAGCCUGACUUAACAUUUGGUUGAGUUGGAAGGGAUGGGAGGAGAACAUCCCAACUCGAAGAGGCAGAAAUGUUAUCCAAAAGCAUUUCUAAUCAGGAGGAGAAAAGAGGGAGUGGAAUUUUAACAAGGCGCAUUAAACUUUGGAAGAGCCUCUCCAUUUAUUGCUGACGCGCUGAACAGGCUUUGAGGAAUGAGGGAGGCGAGGCCGGCCAAAAGGAUGAAAGCAAGUGGGGGGGGGGGGGUGAGGUGGAGAAGGAAAUCGAGGUUAAAUGAGGCCAGCCAGGAGGAUCUUUCUUUAAAGAAAUUGAUAUAAUAAAAAACAAGAACAAGGAGGCAGAGGUUUGGAGAGCCCACUGUCAUGGCUUAACAGCACACCAGAGUACACAGUUCAAGGUAACAAGCAGUCACAUAUUUGCUGGAAAGUAAGGCAUCAGAUUCCAUCUGAUCUUGGAAGUUAAGCAGGAUCAGCCUUGGUUAGUAUUUGGUUGGGAUACUUCCAACAAAUGCCUAGUGCUGUGUGCAAUAUUUCAUAGGAAAGAACUGGCAUUUCUAGCGCAAGGGGAGGAAAAAACAUGGAAUCAUCAUAAGUUGAGAGGCAUAUGUACAUGUCUAUGGAAGGGAGACUUCAUGGUAUAGUGCAGCGUUUCUCAGCCUGGUGGUCGAGAAACCUUGGGGUGUCACAAGGAGAUGUUAUAGGGGUCACCAAAGACCAUCAGAAAAAACAUACCUGUACUAAUUCACAGUGCUCUCCAGUGGUAAGUGAACUACAUCUCCCCUAAAUUACUGUCAAUUCCUCCCAAAUCUCUCCGGUAUUUUCUGUUGGUAAUUGUGAUGUCUCAUGGGCCAUGUAGUCCCGUUCCUAGUACUAUUGUGGCAGAUGAAGAGGAAAACUUGGGUUUCCCACCGAUUCAGCCAGAAUCGGAGGCCCUGCACCUGCAGGAUGUUUGCCCUCAAGAUGUCAGCCAAACAAGCCUUGGGCAGAAUUCUCCCCCGUUCUCUCGUAAGGAUAAUUAUAAUAGAGAUAGAGGCGCUAGGGAGGCGAAUCACCGAAGCGCCAGAAUCGCUGCCAGACAAUUAGCUGAUUAAGCCUGUUUCCCUUGGGAAAUCUUAAGGAGUCAUGCAUCUGGACACAGUUUGGGUUUCACUUCUUGUUCCCCAGGGAAAGUGUUCCUUGGCGGGAAAACAAGAUCCUAUAUAGGUGUUUACCCGCAAGGAAAUCCUUGCGGAGUCAAUUCGUCAGCUUCAGGAGUGAGAUCGUGUGUGGACUACGCUACUCCAGUUCCUUGUUUCCAGGACCAAGUUCCAAGCCUGUCUUGUUCCCUGGACCUCGCCACGGACCUUGUUCUAGUUCCAAGCCUGCCUUGUUCCCCGGACCUCGCCACGGACCUUGUUCUAGUUCCAAGCCUGCCUUGUUCCCCGGACUUUGCCACGGACCUUGUUCUUGCUUCUUGCUUCUUGUUGCCUCGUAUCAAGUCUUGUUUGCCAAGAAUCUAGUUUGUUUUCCAGCCUUGUUGUCAAGCUCCAUUGGACUAAAGGACCUUGUCAUUUCCCCACACUUGCUCGGCAAGUGUGUGUUUCGGUUAUUGGAUUAUAACUUUGGACUCUAAUAUCACAUAUUGGACAUUAUUUUCCUGGACUAUAUUUGACCUUUCCUGAAAGGUCUACUUCUGAACUAUAUUCUUCACUUGUUUUUAUUGACUUUAUAUAUUCCUUUAAUAAAGAUAUUAGAUAGA